AUGAGGAUUUCAGCUGUAGUUUUAAUCAUUGCCAUCUCCGUGGCAUUGACUGUGAGUAUCACCAUCAGGUCCAUGAUAUUUCCUCUUGACAGCAGCAGCUCUGGUGGCCCGUCCAGUACCGGUUAUGUGGAGAUGAUCCCACAGAAUCCCCUGAACCUGAGGGCCUUCACUCUGUGCAUGCGUCUGGGCACCGAGCUGUCCAUGACCACCACCGAGCGCUCCAUCAUCCUGUUCGCCUACAGGACCUCGCAACAUGAUGAGCUCAACGUAUGGCAGGAAGUGGACGGCAGAUUGUCCCUGUACCUGAGUGGGAGUUCAGAUGGCGUUCUAUUCCAAGUCCCUGGUCUCGGGGCCCUUCACACCCAUCUGUGUUUGACCUGGGAUUCCAGCUCAGGUGCAACUGCCCUCUUCAUGAACGGACAGAGGAGUCUGACCAAGAUUUACAAGAAGAACCACAAUGUGAGCUCUGGAGGCAGGGUCAUCCUGGGACAAGACCCUGACUCACUUCUGGGGGAUUUUGAUGCCGACCAGAGUUUUGUUGGAGAGAUUUAUGACGUGAAUAUGUGGAGCUCAGUCCUCUCAGACAGCACCAUCCAGGACAUGUUUGCAGGGAGGGCAGUGCCCAGACCAGACAUAUUGGACUGGGAAACUGCAGAGCUGCGAAGGAAUGGGGACACAACGAUGAUUGAACAUGAGCUGUAG